AAAAAAAAUUCUUGGCAUCCCUGCAGCAGCAGAAAAACACGUUUGACACUGCUGUCAAGCUCACCACAAAAUCGAGCCGAGCAACCGAAGUCGAAAGAAAAAUCCUCCAGAAUCAGCACAGCAAAUGGCACCGUCGGGACAAUUUUCCAUUCUGGCUCGCCAGUUGAGCACUAGUUCGGCUGCCGCUCAGCUAGUCAAGCCUCCGAUUCAGGUUUUCGGUCUGGAAGGACGCUACGCUUGUGCUCUGUAUUCAGCCGCCUCCAAGAACAAGGUGCUGGAUGCUGUCGAGAAGGAUUUGAAGGGUCUGCAGAGUCAUAUGCGCUCAGAUCCGAAGGUUCGUGAUCUGUUGAUUAAUCCUUCGAUCAAGCGCAGCAUCAAGGCCGAUGCACUGAAGGAGCUCUCGACCCGUGUUAAGUACAAUGCUGCCACUGGAAACCUGCUGGCGGUUUUGGCCGAAAACGGACGACUCGGUCGCUUGGAAGGUAUUGUCAACGCCUUCUCGCUGAUCAUGGCUGCUGAGCGGGGUGAGGUCGUUUGCGAGGUGAAGACCGCCAAACCGCUGGAUGAUUCUCAGCGUAAACAGCUGGAGUCCGCCUUGAAGGCAUUCCUGAAGCCCAACCAGACCAUCUUAUUGACAGCCAAGGUUGAACCAUCGCUAAUCGGUGGAAUGGUUGUCUCAAUCGGAGACAAAUAUGUGGAUAUGAGCGUUGCCAGCAAGAUCAAGAAAUACACAGAUAUCAUCUCUGUUCCAGUUUAAAUUACGCGGAGCUGAGCUGGUCAGUGCUUUCUUUGAGAAGAGCCACACACAACACUGCUUUAGGUGGCAAUAUGUUUAGUGUCUGCGAAAGUGGAAGAAACUUGUAAUGUGCGUGAACAUGUAAGAGAACAAAUAAAAUUUGAAUACACGUUCAUAGUA